GACCACAGUUCCCGGAGAGUUAGGAAACGUGGCCUUAUGAGAAAAAAGAACCAAUAUAAAUGAGAAACAGGUAGUCACAACUGACAGACACGACAGAGACUCACCGUAACUGAUUUACACGUCCAUAUUUAUCGUUUUUGACGCCUGACAGUCUCUCAAAAAUGGCUGAAGUCGACCAAGGAUCGACUUUACCGACUGAAUCGACACCGGUGCUGGACAGCUUGAACGCCACAGACAGCAACGGAACCGAUGCGGUCAACGGUACCGUGGCCAAAUUCGUCGCUACUCCCGAAGGCACCGCGUUGGCAUAUGGCAGCCUUGUGUUCAUGGCAUUAUUGCCCAUCUUCUUUGGUGCCCUCCGCUCUGUCAGCUGUUCGAAGAGCAAGAAUUCCUCAGAUAUGCCAGAGACCAUUACAAGCAAAGAUGCUGCACGGUUUCCCAUCAUUGCCAGCUGUACUCUUUUUGGCCUCUAUCUCUUCUUCAAGAUUUUCUCCCAAGAGUAUAUAAACCUGCUGUUAUCCAUGUAUUUCUUCGUACUGGGGAUCUUAGCCCUGUCUCACACUAUGAGUCCAUUCAUGAAUAAAGUUUUUCCUGCCAACCUUCCCAUCAAACAGUAUCAACUUCUCUUUACUCAAGGGUCUGGAGAAAGCAAAGAGGAAAUUGUCAACUAUGAGUUUGACACCAAGGACUUGGUUUGCCUGGCUAUCAGCAGUGUGGUGGGAGUUUGGUAUGUCCUCAAGAAGCACUGGAUAGCCAAUAAUCUCUUUGGCUUGGCCUUUGCCCUGAAUGGUGUGGAAUUGCUUCACCUGAACAACGUCAGCACUGGCUGCAUUUUGCUGGGGGGCCUGUUUGUGUACGACGUGUUCUGGGUUUUUGGCACCAAUGUCAUGGUUACUGUUGCCAAGUCCUUUGAGGCACCCAUCAAAUUGGUGUUCCCUCAGGACUUGCUGGAGAGGGGACUGGAUGCCAGUAAUUUUGCCAUGCUGGGACUGGGAGACAUUGUCAUUCCAGGGAUCUUCAUCGCCUUGCUGCUCCGGUUUGAUGUUAGUCUGAAGAAGAACUCACGGACUUACUUCUACACCAGCUUCCUGGCUUACAUCUUUGGCCUUGGACUGACCAUAUUUGUCAUGCACACUUUCAAACACGCCCAGCCUGCCUUACUGUACCUUGUCCCAGCAUGUGUGGGAUUCCCUGUGGUGGUUGCGCUGGUAAAAGGAGAGCUGACAGAAUUGUUCAGGUAUGAUGAAUCUACUCUUGAGGGAGAAGCCUCAGCAAAAGAGGAGAAGACAGAGACAGAUAAAGACAAAUAAAUGACCCUUGAUCACUUCCUCCAUUUGCCACCGCUACAUUUCAUUGGCUGUGCGUCCUCCUGGCCACACGAGGGCGCUACAGUUCACACUGCAGAUGUGUGUCGUGUUGUACAUGGAGCUGACAGAUGUGUUGAUAACUGUUAAUGAUGAUACUGGGAUGUUUUGUAGUAAAUAAAUGGUUUGUAAACCGAGAAACAGAUGUACAACAAACUUACUCUGUGCCUAUGUAUCCCUAUUUGUUUCCAUGUUUCCAUAUUUGUUUGUAUUUUCGCUCAGUUCUGCCUUCUGCUUUCUCGUAGGAUUUUUAUUUUCCUUUUUUAAGGGCCAGAAUUUUAACCUUUUUUUUGGACGGGGGAACAGAACAUGGAAAAAGAUGAGUUUGGUUCAAAUGAUCUCAGAUAUGUUUUGAGAACAUAUUAGAUGUUUCAUUAAAAAUGUUCUGAUCUCAGUUCAGUGAUGUGAUCAUCGCUAAAAGUAUUAGGGGUAGUCUCUCAGUGAUAUAGUUUUUGGACCCCCCCAGCAGCUCAAUCUGGCAACCCAAACGUAUCUAUUUAUAAAUUGAUCAUGUUCUUCACAGCAGAGGAUUAUAAGGGACAUGGAAUAGGAUUCUCUGCUUCUCUAUUUUGUCUAUUCUAUUUAUAUACAAAAUAAUUUUCUUUUCAUUUUCCCUUUAGAGGAGGCCAAAAUGGGACCAAAUGUUUCCUAAAUGUCAAACCUCCUCUGGUCUGAACCCCUCAGUGGUACUUCUUUUCCGUUUGAAAUGUCUGAUCUUAGGAGGAUGAGUUAGGGCUGCCCUGGGUUGAGGGAGCUGGACAAGGACAGUUUGCGUGGGGUUGUGUAAAUGGACAGCAGCUUUUGUAUUGUGCUCGGUAAAGAUCACAUUUGUUGGUAUAAUGCUAAGCUUUUUGAAAUACAGUGGCUAAUUGUUUUUUUGGGUUUUUUUAUUUUAUUUUUCUUUCCCCCUACCUGCAGUAUAUUCUUUACUUCUCCCAAUGUACCAGUGCAAGUGUAAAACUAAGCUUCCUUGAGGAGCUGAUAUCAUUCACACAUAUGUUUUUUGUUUUUUUUUUAAUUUACAAUAAACCGUGGCUCAGGCCACUGUGCAGAUGCAUCAGA